UUUGCACAAGGGGGAGAGAUAUUAGAACCAUUCUUCCUCUUCACAGUCAAGACAGUUAGCAGCCAAACAGAGGAGAAGUUCCAGCAAUGGCAACUCAAGCACUGGCCUCUUCAUCUUCCAUCACCUCUUCAGUGGAGGCUGCCAGGCAGAUUCUUGGAGGAAGGCCAACUCACUCCCACUCUAGGAAGGUCUCCUUUGUUGUUAGAGCUGCUUCUACUCCCCCCGUCAAGCAAGGAGCAGAUAGACCUCUCUGGUUUGCCUCCAAGCAGAGCCUUUCCUACUUGGAUGGAAGCUUGCCCGGUGACUAUGGUUUUGAUCCUCUGGGCCUCUCAGACCCAGAAGGAACAGGAGGCUUCAUCGAGCCAAGAUGGCUGGCCUACGGAGAGGUCAUCAAUGGCCGCUACGCCAUGUUGGGGGCUAUAGGCGCCAUUGCACCUGAGAUUCUUGGGAAGCUUGGCCUGAUCCCACCGGAAACAGCCCUGCCAUGGUUCAAAACCGGUGUGAUCCCACCAGCUGGGACUUACAACUACUGGGCAGACCCUUACACGCUAUUUGUGCUGGAGAUGGCACUGAUGGGAUUUGCAGAGCACAGGAGGUUCCAGGACUGGGCAAAUCCAGGGUCCAUGGGGAAGCAAUACUUCCUGGGGCUGGAGAAGUUUUUGGGUGGUUCAGGCGACCCAGCGUACCCUGGAGGGCCACUGUUCAACCCUCUGGGAUUCGGGAAGGAUGAGAAGGCCAUGAAGGAUUUGAAGUUGAAAGAAGUGAAGAAUGGGAGGUUGGCCAUGUUGGCCAUCUUGGGUUACUUUGUACAGGGGCUGGUGACAGGAGUAGGACCUUUCCAGAAUCUGCUGGACCAUUUGGCUGACCCUGUGAACAACAAUGUCUUGACCAGUCUCAAGUUCCACUAAGAGCUCACAUAUAUGUUAUCUCCCCCUCCGUACCUCCCCCCUCCCUUUCUCAAUUGUGAAAUCAUGUGCAGAGUUCAUUUGGCAUGUUAUCUGUAAGAAAGGACAUUUUCUACUGAGAAUGGAUGACCUAGGACAAACCUGAGUACUUCAGUUUAA